AUUUUCACCGAAAGCAAAAAAGCCGCCGAGGAAACUGAGGAAAAACUUUUAGACGACUUUUUAAAACUCCAUGCUGAACUAGAACACGAAAAAGAAGCCCACAAGGACACCGAGGAAUUAAGUCGUAGACAAGCCACCUUAAUGAAUGGUUGCUUACAGCAAUUAGAAAGUCAAAUUAAGCGAUUAAAGGACGAUAAAGAUAUCUUAAUUAAGCAAGCCGCAGAGCAGCAGGAAAUAAUUAACGAACAUAAACAAUUUGAGAAGUCUCAAAAAAAUAAAAUCAACCAAUUACAGAAAACCAAUAAAAAAAUCAGUAAAAAGUUAGAGAAAGCAAGCCUUAAUUUAACCAAGGCUCGGCAGGAUAAAAAAACCCUAUCCGCAACCCAAGAUAAAAACCAACAAUUAAUUGCUAAAUUAAGACUAAAAAUCAAUAAUUACCAAACAAUUAUCAAACAAAAAGAUCAACAAGCAAAAAGUAAGCGUAUUGAAAUUAAUCAAGGAAAGCGAAAAGUUAUUAAUAAUUUGCGGAAAGAAAUCCAGCAAUUACAAAAGCAACAGCAAUUAGAUAACCAUGAGUGUCCGACAGUGGAUAAUAGCAAGGUAGAAAGCCUACGGAACGAAGUAAGGGAAAAAGACCAAAAAAUAUCCUCAUUAGAGCAGGAGAUAAAAACCCUUAAAGAUAGGCCUCCUGUGGUGGAUAGUUCAGAAGUAGAAAGAUUAUUGACUGUGGUGGCGGAAAAAGAGCAAGUUAUUAGGGAGUUGGAGAGUAAAUUAUCCACGGCCAAGCCGCAGCAAAUUGAAGUUAAAAGCGAGGAAGUUCAGGGGUUAAGGAAUAAGUUAGCGGAGCAGGAAAAGAGGAUUGAGAGAUUGCAUGUGAUUUAUUUGCUGAUAUUAAGUGUGGCGGCUUUG